AUGACCCGCUCCGUCGAUUUCCCUCUCCUCCUCCUCGCCGCCACUGUCCUCUCCCUCUCACAUCUCCUCGGCGUCGCAGGGGAACGCUCCGACGAUCUGAAGCCAGUCCGACGGGAGGUAUAUGGCGGAGGGAAGAUAUUCGACAUCAGCCACCGUUACUCGCCGGAGAUGCCGGCUUGGGAGUCGUCGGAGGGAAUGGUGAAUUUCCUGCGGCUGGCGGCGAGUAUGAAGAAUGGAUCCUUCGCUAACGUAUCGGAGAUGAAAAUGUCUGUUCACUCUGGAACCCACGUGGAUGCUCCAGGCCACUUCAUUGACAAGUAUUACGACGCUGGUUUCGAUUCCGAUUCGCUUGACCUCCAAGUCCUCAACGGUCCUGCUCUGUUGGUUGAUGUUCCGAGAGAUAAGAACAUCACUGCUGAGGUGAUGAAAUCACUUCAUAUUCCAAGGGGAGUUCGUCGUGUGCUCUUCAGAACAGUCAACACCGACAGGCGGCUUAUGUUUAAGAAAGCGUUCGAUUCAAGCUUUGCUGGGUUCAUGACCGAUGGUGCCAAAUGGUUGGUUGAGAAUACAGACAUCAAACUUGUUGGGCUUGAUUAUCUUUCAUUUGCUGCUUUUGAGGAAUCACCUGCAACGCACAAGGUUAUACUUGCAGGAAGGGAUAUAAUCCCUGUGGAAGCGCUGAAGCUGGAUGAUGUAGAGGUAGGAAUGUACUCGCUUCAUUGCUUACCUUUGAGAUUGGUUGGAGCGGAAGGAGCACCAACGAGAUGCAUUCUCAUCAAGUGA